ACGUGGUGCCGUAUUGGCAUGCAACUGUACCACUAAUUUUCAUGGAGACUAUUGUGAGUUAGUGACAUGUGGAGCAAAUGCCCUGUGUAUUCAUCCAGACACAUCUAACAUAGGGCAUCAUCAGGAAUGUCCAGUAGAAACUGGCUACAAAUGUGUUUGCAAUUAUGGUUAUGCAGGAGACGGAAUAAACUGCACAAUGACAUGUGGAGCAAAUGCCCUGUGUAUUGAUCUAGAAACAUCUGAAAUAUCACAUACUCGGGAAUGUCCAGUAGAAACUGGCUACAAAUGUGUUUGCAAUCAUGGUUAUGCAGGAGAUGGAGUAACUUGCUUAAAGAUGUGUGGGGCAAAUGCCACAUGUAUUAAUACAGGCAAUUGUGAAAGAGGGCCCAGUGACCACUGCAAUGAAGAUCUUGGAUUCAAAUGUGUUUGCAAUCAUGGAUAUGAAGGGGACGGAGUUGUUUGUAUCAGUAAGUUUUAUAAAUUCCUCACAUUACUGGGAGGAUCAGAAAUUAGCUACUCAGGCUCUACAGGUUUAUAUCUGAAAUAUUACUUGUCAGUGAGGCAUGGUUCUCAGACCUUUAUUUAUUUAUCUAUCCCCUCUUGUUUGCCCAUAUAAACCUCUCUUUCUAUACAAAUAUCUUUAUCUUCAAAUAAACUGUCAACUGAUUGCAUAAGUGCAUGUAUGUCUAUACACCUGGAAGAGACAUUUGACUUACUCAGCUACUAGUAUUUUAAUGCUUUAAAAAAUAUUAUAUAUAUUGAUAAGACACUUCAUAACAUCCUAAUAUUGAAAAUGUACAGAAAAUAAAUUAAAUAGCAGACUGUAAUAAAUUGAUAAAUUUUAAAUUUCCUAAGCCCAUGAAAGGGUAGGGAAACAGAAAAUUUGUUUAAAGCAUAAAAUUAAAACAACAGCCCCGAUAUUUGGCACUGUUUAAUCCAAACUCUGACGCCAGUUAGGUAAGUUUUAGCUGCUUAAGGAUAUUGUUACCUUUUGCCAGAAACCUUGCCAUUGUUUAAUGAAAAUCUGUAGUUAGGGGCUCAUAACUCCCAAAUGACACCAUUAAAACAAAAAUGAUGGCUACAAUCCGGUGACCUUGGCACAUUUUACGUGAUAAAAUCUUCAGGGAUGAAGUUAGGCCUCACACCGAUUCCUAUCUCAGCUCAAAAUAGAACGGUGUUAAACUGAUGAUUACAUUAGAAUUACCUAUGCUUAUACAUAGCAGCAAUAAAUAUUAACACUGAUAUUUGAUAUUUCCAAGGGGAUUUUUAUUGUUUUAAACCAGCACAAAGAUAUAUGCAUUAUUGAACAAUAAGAUGCAAGAAACAACACUUUUUUCGGUAUCUGGAUGAUAAUUAAGGGUGACCAUACCCUUAAAGGUACACAUAAGCAAACUUGUUUUAUAACCAGGAUCAGAUGACUUCCUCUUUAAUAAAAAUGGUGACAUUGUGUUGUGUAAGCAAGAUAUACGAU